AUGGCGGACGCGGAGGAAAAGGCCAAGGCUGAAAAGCUGGCUGCGGCUAAGAAGAGGGUUGAGGAAAUGAAAAAGAAAAAGGCGAAGAAGGCAGGGGGGAAGAAAGAAGAGAAGGCGGGCGCAGUAGCUGAAGCUUCGAAGAGUGAGGAGGCGAAGAGUGAAGAAACGAAGAGCGAAGAGACCCACGAGACAACUGCUGCAGUACCAUCCGAAGCUUCGACUGAAAUACCACUCGAGGCCCACGCCGAAACGUCAGUCGCUCAUGAAGAGAUAACAGUCGAGGAUGAAAAGAAAGGGGAAAAUCCGGCAGAAGUUUCGAAGAGUAAGGGUGAGGAAGAGAAGGUAGCGGAACUCAAUUCAGCCUCGAGACAUGGAAGAUCGCCCUCCUUAUCAGUACAAUCUAAGAUGAGGUCAUCGUCCUUUAGACAAGCGUCGGGACCUCUCUCACCGGAAAUUGCUUUUAGUCCCAGUGGUGAUACGGCGCCGGAUAUUUAUAGGAAGCAAGCUUUAAGAAUCGAGGAUUUGGAGAAAGAGAAUAAAAAAUUGAGUAAAGAGGCGGUAGAUGCAGAGAAGAGGUGGAAGAAGGCAGAGGAAGAAUUGGAGGAUUUGAGAGAGGCAGAGGGAGAAUCUGCCAAAGGAGGAAAGGGUACUGAAAAUGAGACUUCAGAGGAAGUUGAGAAAUUGAAAUCUGAGAUCGCAGCCCUCCAACGACAAAACACACAGCUUCAGGUUUCUUCCACCCGCAAACAUGUAUCUUCGCCUUCAACAUCGGUGCCAGCACCAUCGGAAUUGGAAGCCGAGCUUCGUUCCAAAUCCUCGACGAUCGAAUCAAUGGAAAUUGAGAUUUCAAAUCUUAGAGCGCAGCUUGAUCGUAUCGCAUCUGGAUCAUCUGCGGAAAAAGAACAAAUCACCGCUCUGGAAGGAAAAUUGGCAAGGAGUGAAAAGUCGGCAGCAAAUGCGCAACGGGAAUUGGGAGAUCUGAAGAAGAAUCUUGAACGAACGACUGAGAAAGCUGUCAAGGAAGGUAGCGAACGUAUAUCUGCAGAGACUAAAUUACGCACAUUGGAGAGAGAAACGGAGGAGGCCAAGGCACACAGUGAUGAACUUCAGAAGAAGGUCGAGGCACUUGAGAAGAAAGUAUCUACGCUCACGACGCUUCACAAAGAGCAUGAUGCCCGAUCACAAGCUCAGAAGAAGGAACAUGAGAGAGUAGAAAAAGAAGCGUCAGACCUCCGAGCUCGAUUCGCUACUGUCGAGAAUGAAAAUUCACGUCUCAAGGAAGAAAGGGAAAGAUUGAAGAAACGAGAUGCGCAAGGCAUCGAUGAUGAGGGGGUUGAUGAAUUGGAAAACGAAGAGAGACAGCGCUUGGAAAAGAAAGUCAGGGAUUUAGAGGCGGAAGUUCAUGAAUUGAGAAGAGGCGUAUGGAGAGAUCGAAGAAUCGAAUUACAGGGUGAAGGAGACGAUGGACUUACGAGUCCUGGCGCAAGAUUUACAGAUGUGGAUUUAGGUGGAAGUGGAAGUCCUCAUGCGAGAAAGAGUGGAGGUCCGCAAGGAAUGGGGAUCGGUGAUUAUUUGACGAGUGGUUUUAAUGCUAUUACGGGAGGUACGGCACCGGUAGGACAUGGGCAUGCAGGGGCGGAUGAGGAUGAUAAAUUGUUGGAUGAUGAUGAAUUCCUUGAAUUCGACGAGGAAGCUUUCAGGAAGGCACAGCAGGAGGAGGCGAUGAAGAGGAUUGAGAGGGUUAAGGAGGUUAAGCGGGCGUUGAGGAAUUGGGAAGGUUGGCGAUUGGAUCUAGUGGAGAAUAGGAGUGCGGGUGGUGAGGGCGUGGGAGAGAUUUUUGAGAUUUAA